AUGCGCCAUGGGCCUGCACAGGCGGUGCCCAUCCUGCUGCGGCGCUCUUGCGCGUUGCUGUGCUACUCGGUGGCGCUCGUGUCGGCCGUCCUGGGCUACACGAUCUACUCGGCGGUGGAAGAGUUCCUGGCCGUCACGCAGAACAAUGAGGUGCGCUGGACCAAGCGCACGGACGCAUACGUGUCGCUGUGCGAGUACACUACCCUGUGGGCGGCCACGGGCGUCGCGGCCGCGAGCUCGUGGCUGCGCAGGGACGCCGACAUCCGGCACGCGGAUCUACUCAGCGAGGUGGACGUCAUGCUGGGGCUGCCACCACCGCGACCGCAGCUGUGGCUGGCAGCCUGGGUGGCCGCCAUGCUGAGCGUCCUGGUCGCCGACAAGAUCGUGUGGUUCAUGACCGAACAGGACAACUACCUCGAAGACAUGCCCCUGUACGUUACCUACUUCACAUGCUUUGUGUCCGAGACCCUGUACAUGAGCGACGCGCAAGCCAUCCAGACGCGCCUGGCCGCCAUCAACCAGGUCCUCGAGGAGGCCAGUCCUCGCCCCGGUCACCGCGACGCGCACGGCUCGCCGGUGGUGCUGCCCGGGACGCUGACGGUGAGCCGGCUGGCCACCGCGCACUCGCUUCUUGCCAAGGCCACGCAGACCGUGUCGCGGCGCUACGGCUUGGCGCUGCUCACGGACAUGGUCGCGUUGCUCAUCAACCUCGUCAUCACCUGCUACCUGUUCCUCGAGCACAUGCUGCCGCUGUCCGAGCCGCCCGAGGACUACACGCGCUUCUUCAUGGAGAUAGUGUUCGCCUGCCUCCACUUCAGCCGCAUCGUCAUGCUGGUCGAACAACCCUCGGCCGCGACCUACGAGGCCGACAGAACCGGGGCGCUUAUGGGCUACCUCGGCUCCACGGUCCCGUACGGCAGCAUGAUGCAUGAGCAGCUGAAAGCUCUGUCGGUGCAGCUGAGGCACCAGCAGACCUCGUUCACCAACUGCGGCCUCUUCGACAUGAACAGAACCGUCAUCGUUUCGAUUGUGGGCGCCGUCGCAACCUAUCUGCUCGUCCUGCUCCAGCUCAAGAGCCCAUCCUCCACAAAAGGCCAGCCCUCCAACUCGACCUGAAAACGGUAGGUGACGUUGAAAAGUUUCGCCCCAAAACUGUACUUUUGAUAACGGUUUUGGUCAAUGACAUUUUGCUUGUCACCACAUUGAAACAUAUAAGAAGGUUUCUUGAAAGGAACAGAAAGUUCCUGACCGGAAUCGCUAGCCAGAAACACACGUUCCUCCCUCGCCGGGUAGUAGAGGGAGGGUGAAGACGCCUGCCUAGACGGAGACACAUUUAAGGCACGAGAAGAUGUC